UUUCUGAUAUUCCAUAUACUUUAUACUCAUUCAGUGUUUCAUGUGACUUUCUGUAAAGCAGUCCAUUAUUAAUAAAGCUACUCGCUUCAAGUGAUUUCCAGUGAAAUUGUACAAAAAAUACCUAAAAUGGAGAUGAAAGAAUUAAAUCAAUUUAAGAAAAUUUGCGUAAACUCUGAAUUGCCAGAGAAUUUGGCAAAUUUUUUUCAAAAUUAUGGUGAAAUUGUCGAGGAAAUUGUUAUGACACCAAUAUUUGCGCUAGAAUUUCCUUUAAUUGGAAAGUAUUGCCUUAACCUACAAUCAAUAACUAUAAGUCACGCGGAUCUUAUAUCGGAAAACUUGGUGCUUUUUAAGGCCAUGAUUAUGCCAUUAAAAAACCUAAUUGAAGUGCAGUUUGAUAUAAAACAUAAAGACGCUUCUGAAAUCUUAUUUGUUUUAAAAGAUCUUGAAAAACUCAAGAAAUUAGGUCUGAAUAUAGAGGAUUGUACUGAGUUACCUGUAGAUCUUGAUCACUUACAGAAUAUGGUUAACUUGGAAACCUUGGCAAUUAAAGGAACAAUGGUUGUCUUGAAAAUUAAUGAUAUUUCAUCUGACUUGAAAAUGCUUCGCAAUUUGCUAAUUUCUGGUGGAAAAAUAAUAUCCAAUUCUCAGGAAAUGGCAUAUGAAUUACCAGCUUUGGAAAAACUUGAACUUUACCAUGUCCGUAUUGAAACUUCUUUUCCGGAUUGUCAAAAACUACGAACUCUGCACACUAGGUUUACAAGUUUCAAUAGUGAUUUCCGUGAAUGGUUAGAAAUGAAAUUGAAAACCGUGGAAAUCUUGGGAACAAAUAAUUCCUUAUUCGGACAGGAUGUUCUAUCCGAAAUUUUUUCAAGUCUUUUGCCCUCGGAUUGGGUUUUACCAGCUUUGAGGAAUCUUAUACUAUAUGAGGACUUUGAAGUUAUAACAUUUCCCUUGCCAUAUUGUCCGAUGCUAACCUCCUUGAAUAUGGCACAAGUUGAUGAGUUUUCCAAAGAGUCUAUUGAUUGGAUUGAAAAGCAUUCGAGUACUUUAGAGAGUCUAGAACUACCAGGUUUAAUUUUUGGAGAAAAUUGUUUUGAACUCCCCUUCUUUCCAAAGUUGCGUGCAUUUCGCUUAAACUCUUCUUACGAACUAUCACCAGAUCGUUUCUUUAAUUGGAUUUCGAAAUACUCAAAGACAAUGGAAGUUCUGAAUAUUUAUGGAGACUUAGAACGAAAUCGCUUGCUUAAAGUUCUCUCAGAUUGCAAAAAUAUUCGAUCUUUUCGUAUUGCACGUACCUCUCCGGCUUUUAGUGAGAAUUUUUUCAGGUCUUUAUUUAAAAUUUUAAAGGAAAAUGAUGUUACUGUGGAUAAACCAUUCAAGUUCAAAUGUACUUCUAUGAAUUUGAGCAAGAAUCAGAUUGAUAUUUUAUACGAUUUACCCUAUUCCGAAUUGUGCAUAGUUCAGAUUGAUGAUAAUAUUGGCACCCUUUGGGAAACUUAUAAUGAAAUCUCUUAAUGAAAUAGUUGAUGGAGAUUUGAAGGCAUGGAAUCGGAGACCUUACCUUUAUUUUCUUAUUUU